GUGUGACAGGGGUCAGGUCUACACAGAUACUAUAACCUUUCACCAAAGUAUAGUUCUGAUUUACCGUAUCAAAAUUCAAAUUGUCUGAAAAUUCUUCUGGAACUUUGAGAGAAGGAUGGGGACAGUCUCUGAUGACAUUAGGAGGCUUUUGGAGGACUGUGAGCUCUUUGUAUCAGACAUCCUACAGGACGAGAACCUCAGUAAACAUGCCAGAGAAACACGGGACGUCCUACUUAAUAACUUCAGGGUGGUCCACUCCAGAAAUCCUCAGGAGUUUCCUUUCAGAUCUGAGUCCAGACAGGAGGACAGUUCAGAUGACAACCAGAGCUCAAGUCUGGGCCGCUCGGCCCCCUCAGACGACCUUUCUGUGGCCUCUGACUACCAGGACGAGGGCUCUCCUGAGUACUUUGAGGAGAUCCAAAUGGUGGCAGCCCAGGAUCUCAGUAACAUCUUGAAACAAGGCUACCUGGAGAAGAAACGACGGGAUCACAGCUUCUUCAGCUUAGAAUGGCAAAAGCGAUGGUGUGUCCUCAAUAACACAAUAUUCUACUACUUUGGGAGCGACAAGGACAAGCAGCAGAAGGGUUCCUUCUAUAUCAAUGGCUACAGUGCAGAGCUGGUGGCCAACCUACGUAAAGACUCCAAGAAGAAUGCCUGCUUUGAGCUGAGUGCCCCUGACCGACGCUCCUUCCAGUUCACUGCUAGCAGUCCGCGAGAGGCCAGGGAAUGGGUGGAUCAGAUCAACUUUGUCCUGAAAGAUUUGAGUUCCAGCUUCAUCCCCUUUGAUGACGAUGAGGAAGAGGAAGAGGAGGAGGAGACCUAUGAUGACAUUGAGGGGGUGACGGGGGCGGCCAGCCCUCCCCCUCGUCCCACCCCCGCCCCCGUCCUGCCCCAGCAGGCCAAAGCCUCUCUCAGUAGCCAGGAGGAAUGGAGGCCCAAGCAGGGGGGGCAAGAGGGGGAGGAGGAAGAAGAGGAGGAUGAUAUCUACGAGGUGCUCCCAGACGAUGACUUUCCAGAACCCAUAGAGGAGAUCAGUGAGAAGAGCACAAAACCAGUCUGGUCCAUGGACUAUGCCAACUACUACCAGGGCUUGUGGGACUGCGAGGCAGACGAACCUGAUGAGCUGGCCUUCCAGAGAGGUGACCUCAUCUAUAUCGUCAGUAAGGAGUAUAACAUCCAUGGCUGGUGGGUCGGAGAGCUAAAUGGUACCAUCGGUAUCGUCCCUAAAGACUUCCUCCACCCUGCCUACAUCCUCUGAGCUCCAAGAUGUACUGGAUCACUCUUUUAUCGUUAAGAUUAUAAAAUAAUUUAAUGGAGUAAUGUAGCAUAACAGGUCUCCUGACACCCAUUGAGAUGGCCAUUGAGAGAACAGGAGGUGUAUAUUCACAGCGCUUGACCGGCCAUUUAAGACAUCUGGUGGCUGAAUGUAGAACUGCGUGUGAAAUUCAAUCAGCAUAAUAGACGGGUUGGUUGUUUAGCAACAAAACCGACGCGUGCGCAACUAUGGGGCAAAACAGAUGGGGCUGGCUUAGAUUGUUGACAGCAUGUAAACUAUAUCUAGUCUCUAAAUGUUUAUUGAAAAUGUAAAUAUAUUUGCACAAUGAGCACUUGUUGUCUCUCAAAUACAUAGUUACAGUUGUUGGUUAGCUAGCUAAUUCAUUUUUAGCCAUAUUAGCGUAGACGUGUCAUGAGUCAAAACAAGACAUGGUAUCAAUAACAAGAUGCAAUGAGCUGAAACGAGCCACCUACGAUUCCCCACAUGGCAGCUUCUUCUCAUUGUUGCUAGCUAUCUGACCAUCCAGAAUCAUUACACCACAUGGCCUUCUGGUUCAUCGACGUGCGCGCAUCGUUUUUUAGUGACGUUGUCAGCUAACCCGUCUUAUAGAUACUGAUAUGCUCAGUAAUGCUUAAUUAUAGCAUCAUUGACAUCAUCAUUUAAUUGGGAAAAAUGAUUCUAACUAUACGCCAUAGAAAACAGAUCGUACUGCACUAUACUACAGGAACUGUAUGUUACACGUUCCGCUCUGAUGAUAGCUUCUCUUUGUAUAAUGCCUUACUUCUACAGUUGAGUGAUGUGACUGCGUUCCCAGUCCCAAACACUGAACACUUCGAGAUUGAUGACAAACUGAGAUAUUUUAUUAUUUUGUAAUAUAAUGUAAUGCAAUGCUGUUAGUGUAAGGUUUUUGUAAAAUGUUUUUGUAAAGAUUUAUUUAAUUUACAUGCAUAAAUGACAUUACCUUGGUCCUUCUGAGGCAUUUGAUCUACACAUUGAAUUACGGAUCAUGUCAAAAGGUUUCCUCUAUCCAAUUGUUUCCAGUGCGCAGUAUUUGUACCCAUGUGUGUGAAUGGAAAUGGCCAGAUAUUUAUGAAACAUUAUGCCCCUGUGACUAAAAUAGGAAAUCCUCACCUCUGAGUGAACUGAGUGAAUUCGACAUUACAAAGCAUACUGACUUGUGCCUUCAACAGCCUUGUGUCUGAAGGAAGACUACAGUGCAUGUUAUCUUGAUGCUGACAUUAAGACAUAUAGGCAACAAGGGUUCAGGCUUGCUCCACUAUCUUGUUUCAAUUAAGAAUUUGAAAUUGGAAUACCUGAUAAUUAACAAUAUCAAGAAAAAUAUUAUAUUUAGAUUGUUGAGCUUGUACAAAUAUAUUUUCUUAGCCUAACGGUUGUGUUUUUCUUACGGUUUGGACCUACUGGCCUUUUAUGUCCGAGUGAAUUGGGUGCUUAUGCUUUGACAUCAUGCUGUUUGUGACUGCUGUCUUUCUAUAGGCUUUUUGUGUUUUACAAAAAAGUGCACUAUCCUACAUCAACCUGGUCUCAGAGCAUUUCGUAUUAUUCUGUAUGUACAUCCAAGACACUCCAUUUAGUAGGAUGUGUUACGUUUCAUAUGGUAUGUAUUCAUUUGUGGAUGUCCAUCAUCCAUUUCAUAUGUGAUACGAAUUGCAAUUCGUACAUUAUGUUGCGGAUUGCAAUUUGUCCAAUAUGUUACACAUUUGCAAAACGAAUAUGUUACACAUUUGCAAAAUGUAUAUGUUAUGAAUUCCAAUUUGUUGUGGCUACCUACCCAUACGGAAAACUAAUAUAUGGCAAUAUAUGUAUAUUAAGGAUAUGUUUUAUAUGGGCAUAUAUGGUGGAAACAUACACUGAGUAUACCAAACAUUAGGAACACCUACUCCCAUACCCCGUUCAAAGGCACUUACAUUUUUUUGUUUGGCCCAUUCACCCUCUGAAUGGCACACAUACACAAUCCAAGUCUCAAUUGUCUCGAGGCUUAAAAAUCCUUCUUUAACCUGUCCUCUUCAUCUACACAAAUUGAAGUGGAUUUAAAGAGUGACAUCAAUAAGGGAUCAUCACUUUCACCUGGAUUCACCUGGUCAGUCUAUGUCAUGGAAAGAGCAGGUGUCCUUAAUGUUUUGUACACUCAGUGUAUAUGCCCAUAUACAGUAUGCUUAUAUAUGUAUCCACACAUAUAAGUACGUAUAUGUCACAUACUGUAUAUGUUGAAAUAUACAAGAAUUGGCCAUUUUCAUUUAUGUUACAUACAUUUCUUACUUUUAUACACAUACAGCGUAUAUGCAUAUAUUUAUAAUACAUAUGCUCACACUGUAUAUGUAUGGAACAUAUUAUUAAAAUGUUUAUUACAUAUAUGUCCUUUGUAUCUCACAAUAGUUGAGUGAUAAUGCCCGAGAUGCCGGUGUUUAAAGGAUACAUUGACAUGGGUGUUGUUAGGCCCGAGACGAGGGCCGGCAAACCGUGCCAACAUAUUCUCCAAACACCGGCUUCAAGGGGAUUUUCACUUUUAUACAACAGGUUAACAACAUGUUCAAAUAAUGAUUGACAUAUUUUCAUUAAAAACGUUAUUUUUAUGAAUUUAUUCAUACUAUUUCAUCCUUCCACAAGAUAUAGUCCCGAAACAAAUCUAGGGUUGCUACCCAAGCUGGCUGGUCGUUUGUUCUAUUGGUUUGG